AUGUUCAGAGCUGUCUUUGGAAACAAGAAAGAGGGUAAAGGCAAAGAUGGAGGGAAAAAGAAUCAGAAGAAUGCAGGAGCAGAGGUGCAGGCUCACAGCUCCACACACUGUAAAGAGCGGGACCGGAGCCAAAGAGGAAGAAAACUGUCCCGUUUGACCAAAGGCGUGUCAAUUUCUCUCCCCUCCUCUCCUUUGCUCCCUCGACCGGCCGACUUGGCACUCUCCCAGUCCUGCAUCCGAUUCCCAGCUUGGGUAAAGAAGCCGGACUAUGCCGACAGCUCUUACAGCGCCUCGUGCCGUGGCAGAGCAGACCACAGAGACCUCCACGUGGCGCCCCAGUUGGGCUCCUCCCUUUCUACCCAGGAACUGAUGACCAGACUAUGCUUCUUAUUGGGAGAAGCAUCGCCCGGCUCUAGGUCCCCUAUGGAGGACAGGAGGGAGAGGAAGUGUGACAUCUCCAUGCUGGGGGGCAGUCCCAGUUCCACUCUGACCUGCAGCACGGCGUCCCCGUGCUCAGAGAGUCCCUGCUCCACUCUGGGCACUGCUCCAGGAGGGAAGUGUCUGCCCCAACCUUUAGCUCCACUGUCCCCCCACAGCAGCUGCAGCCCCUGUGGCACUCUCUCCAGUCCCACAAGCCUGGCCCCCUCCACAGCUCUGCUCCCCGGAAACAUCCCUGGCCCUACUGCUCAAAGCCCCACCUCCACCCUGGAGAGCAAGGAUAGUGGGAUCAUAGCGACCAUCACCAGCUCUUCAGAGAAUGAGGAACGUGGUGCAGAUUUACCUAAAGAUGACGGGCCAGGGGGUGGUGCAGGGGUAAUGGGCCAUGCCACCGAAGAACGUCAUUCUGGGUCCAGCAAGGACAAUUUGGCUGUCCAAUCAGAUGAGAUCAUACCUCGAGCUGAAAUCACGGAGACCAGGACGCCACCUGCGCCCAAAAGACCUCUACCACAACACCAUGUACACGGGACCUCCUCCCUGGUGAUGCAGCGCCCUAAUUCAGUGGCAGCAACCAGCACCACCAGACUGGAGGAUCUGAGCUUUCUGGACAAUCAGCGGCCCGCGGGACAUCGAGCGUCUGUUCGCAAACAUCACACAGCUGGGCGUGCAAAUGACGAAUCUAAAGGUAAACUGGCUCUGUUCAAACAAGCCGACAUCAUGCUGAAGCCCUUGUUAUUUGAAGUCCCGGGGAUGACAGCAGAGACUCCGUUUGUGGGCCGCGAUUGGCUGUUUGUCCGUCUGGAGGAGGUCCUAAAGAAGAGCAGCAGCUGUGAGGGGCGUGGGGCGGUGAUCGUGGGGAACGCUGGAUCAGGGAAGACUGCGAUCAUCUGGCAGCUCGUCAAUCUCAGCUGUCAUGGCCACCGCACACCACAGGCAGUGACAAACAUGCCCCACAGCCCAGGAGCAUCACCUAAAUGUGGAGAUAAACACUCUAAAUCAGGAUCCAAACCAGAGUCCCAGUCCAACCUCAGCGCUGGAGCCAGUGAAGGCAGAAAGGAGGCUGUCAGAGCACUCACUGCAAAGGUGGUGGCUUAUCAUUUCUGUCAGGCUGACAACACAUACACUUGCCUGGUGCCAGAGUUUGUGCACAGUGUCGCCGCCCUGCUGGCCAGAGCACCACAGCUCACCCCUUACAGAGAACUACUGGUCCAGGAGCCACAUAUCCAAAAUGCACUGAGUCUGCGGUCCUGCGUCCAAGAUCCCAUCUCAGCUUUUAAGAAGGGAGUACUGGAGCCUUUAACGACUUUGCGCAAAGAGAAGAGGCUGCCUGAUGAGGACUACAUCAUUUUGGUGGACAGUCUGAACGAGGCAGAGUUUCAUAAACCAGAUUAUGGUGACACCAUUGCAGCCUUCAUCACCAAAAUAAUCUCCAAAUUUCCACAUUGGCUCAAAUUGGUGGUAACUGUCAGGACCGGCCUUCUGGAAAUCACCACUCUCCUCCCUUUUUCCGGCAUCUCUUUGGACAUUUUGCCAGACAGCAGUGACCUGGGGGCCGACCUUAGCGAUUACAUUCACCACCGGGUCAACAACAGCUCUCGCGUCGCCGCCAACGUCACCACGGCAACAGGCACCACCCCCGACCUGCUCCUGCUCAGUAAAUUCAGCAGCCACCUGUCCUCUCGGAGCAAUGGGUCUGUCCUGUACCUCCAGCUCACAUUGGACCUGUUUCAUAAGGGACACCUGGCCAUAAAAGGAGGGAACUAUCUAGUCGUGCCUGUUUCAUUGUCAGAGGUUUAUCUGCUCAUGUGCCGUGCAAGUUUCCCGGAUAAAGAGGCAUUUGAACGUGUACUUCCUGUUUUGAACGUGACGCUGGCGUCUCUUCACCCUCUAACUGACGAGCAAAUGUUCAGAGCGCUGAAUGCAGGCAGCGUGAGCGGGGGCCUGGAGUGGAGCGACUUCCAGCAGAGAUUGGACAGUCUGGCUGGAUUCAUGGUUCGGCGAAGGGACGGCACGCGUAUGCUGUGUCACCCGUCCUUCAGGGAGUGGCUGGUUUGGAGAGCAGAUGGAGAGAGCAAUGACUUCCUCUGUGACCCGAGGAGCGGGCAUGCACUGCUGGCCUUCAUGUUCUCUCGACAGGAGGGCAAACUCAACAGGCAGCAGACCAUGGAACUAGGACACCACAUUCUCAAGGCUCAUAUAUUUAAGGGCCUGAGUAAGAAGACGGGUGUUUCAUCCAGUGUUUUGCAGGCCAUGUGGGUGAGCUGCAGCACUGACUCUCUCUCUGCGGCUCUGGCCUCCCUCAGGAACCUCUACACACCAAACAUCAAGGUGAGUCGUUUGCUGAUGCUAGGUGGUGCUAGUGUGACCUGGUGCACAGAGGUGGUGGGUCACGCCCCGAUUCUGGCAGUGCACACCCAUCUGGGACAUUUGGAGAUGGUCACUCUGCUGCUGGAGAUGGGGGCUUCAGUGGAUGGGACCACAGACAGCGGCAUGACCCCCCUGUGUUUGGCAGCGUCCGCGGGCCACACCGACAUCGUCAUCCUCCUCUGCAAGAAAGGAGCUAAGGUGGGGCACGCCGAUAAGAGUGGGCAGUGCGCGCUGGUUCACGCCGCCCUCAAAGGCCACAGCGAGAUCAUCAACAACCUGCUGGGGCAAGACUGGGGACCAGACAACCCCCCCGAAACUGAGCAGCACCAUGGCAACGAGAGCAUAACCACGAAGAAGCAAGCUACGCAACAGGCGCUAACAGCUGCUGCGAGCUUAGGACACACACAGGUUGUGAGGAGCCUGCUGGACUUGAAAGACGAACAGCUGGCGGUGCAGAUGGACGCUCACGACUCUCUCUGGGGAGAAACCGUUCUGAGCGCAGCAGCAGGGAGAGGGAGGAUGGAGAUAUGCUCGUUACUCCUGGACCAAGGGGCGGGGCUUGAAGUGGCCAAUCGCAGAGGGAUGGUCCCACUGCUCAGUGCAUCAAAGCAUGGACACACUCAGGUUGCUGAGAUGCUGAUUAAACAAGGUGCUGACAUCAAUGUAACAGAUAAACAGGGCCGUAAUGCUCUGAUACUGGCCGCUUCAGAGGGUCACACAGGCACCCUGGAUCUCCUCAUGGCAAAAGGUGCUUCCCUGUCCUCUGUCGAUCAGGAGGGUCUGACUGCUCUCAGCUGGGCCUGUAUAAAGGGGCAGAAAGCCGCAGUUCAACACCUGGUGGAGGCUGGAGCCGACCUGAACCAGCCUGACAGACAAGGGCGCACUCCUCUGGACCUCGCCGCUCUUAAUGGAGACGCAGAGACAGUGCACUGUUUGGUGGAUCAUGGUGCUGUGUUGGAGCGGACUGAUCACAAUGGGACUCGGGGCUCAGAGCGUUCGGGAGGAUGCCAGAACCCCGCCCUCGUGGCCUCUCUGCUCAAAAAGGGCUCCAAAAUGGGCUACAGGACGGCUCCUCACGAUCGAUCAGGCCAUGCUACCUGGGCCAUGGCUUCGUCCAAACCAGAUAUUCUGCUGAUCCUGCUGCAGAAGCUCAUGGAGGAGGGAAACAUGCUCUACAAGAAAGGGCGUAUGAAGGAGGCUGGGCAGAGAUACCAGUAUGCCUUGAGGAAACUGCCACGUGAGGGACAGGGAGAGGAGCUGAAGGGGCUUCGGGAUCUGCGGGUCUCUCUGUAUCUCAACCUCUCGCGCUGCCGGAGGAAAACCAAUGACUUUGGUCUCGCAGAGGAUUUUGCCACCAAAGCUCUGGAGCUGAAGCCAAGAUCGUAUGAGGCGUUUUAUGCCAGAGCCCGCGCCAAGAGGAGUAGCAGACAGUUCGCUGCAGCUCUGGCCGAUCUCCAUGAAGCAGCACGACUGAGCCCGUCCAACCGGGAGAUCCGUCGGCUUUUGGCUCGAGUCGAGGAGGAAUGUAAACAUCAUCAGAAAGCUCAAAGCGGCGCUGCGGUCCAGAGCCUGAGCCGAGACACGCACAGCCACCACCUCCACACCGGAGACGAGGAGCACGACGUGUUCUCCCAGGGCAGCCCAGAGAGGCCCAUCCCUGUCGACCACAGUGACCCGGAGCGUGAUGAUGAUAAAGACGACUGCGAUGAGCUGAUCCUGCCCUGUGGAAAAAGCCCGGAGUUUUGGCCUCUGAAUCCUUACGCUCCCAACAGGACUCUACCAGGAAGCUUCGGCCUGUCCGACCCAUCCCCCUGCUUCUCUCCGGACGAGUACCCGCUGUUUGGGGACUUACCUGAGCCUGUGCCCUCCCUCAGCAGACAGGGCAAUCGGACACACCUACAAAGCUACUCCCUACAAUCAGGACGAGUGGGGGGUAGACCACUAUCUCUGUGUGGGCCAUCUAGUCCUCUCCCAGGGAGGCACAUGUCCACAUCUUUAAGACCAGCUCCUUUGCUUGGCAUUGAUAUUGGCCCGGUAUCUUCAACAGACCACCCCGGACUCAGCCCCACCGAGCGAUAUCACCCUUUGUCUCCGAGCAGCUCCUCGCCUCCUGCCCCGAUUCACAUGUACCAACCUCGCUCCUCUAGCUUCUCCAGGGGGGCAGAUAGACUCUCGACCCACGCGCCCACCCCGGACAGCCUGGCGUUGGCUCUUGGUUCUGGCAUGGAGGUGCGCAGAGAAGUGGGCACUGCUGGGUCAAGGGGUUCCAGCUCAAGUCAAGCCUCGAGCGGGAAUCUAUCGGAUAAGGAAGCGCCAUGUCCGAUCAAGAGCAGUGGCAGCUUCAAAGCCAAGGAUGUAAAACCGCGUCCUUUUAUGGGGGUUAUGGACAAAUCAGUGAGGGUGCAGGGCCAGCAGAGCACCAGUCUGAGCCGUCCCAGCGAGGAGGGGGGGGCGGACGCUUUCGGAAUGUCGGUUAUGGAGUUUCAGGGGCACAAUGACUACAGACGCGCUUCGUUCCAGGACCAGAUUUGUGGGAGCAGCGGUCAACAGCGUGAAGCCAGAACCUCGCAGUCCCAACUCCGCUUCCCAGAUGGGCGACACAGACCGCCAAGCUUGACCCGAGAUAACCCCGCUCUCCACAUGGCGCCCAUCAAACCCAAGCGCUCCUUUAUAGAGUCCAACGUCUGA